AUGGGAUGUCGCAAAAUGCGAUUAAGCUUCAAGUUUUGCAAUAAUUUGGUCAGUGCCAUUUCAAAUCAGUUCUCAAUAUUUGGUUUGAAUGUGAAUACACAUUUAGCAGCAAAACGAAGGAUGACAGAUGCCAACGAAAUCUCAUUUCUCAGUCAGGCUGAUGCGAUUUCAUUGGAUAAAGAGCUGUUCAGUACAUACGCAUUCAGCGUUGAUCAACUGAUGGAGCUUGCAGGUUUGAGCUGUGCUCAUGCAGUUGCAAAUAGUUUUAACAAAGCAAAAGUAUUGGUUCUCUGUGGACCAGGGAAUAAUGGUGGCGAUGGUUUUGUGUGCGCACGUCAUUUAAAACUUUUCGGUUUUGAACCAUAUAUCUAUUAUCCAAAACAAUCGCAAUCAGAGCUAAUGAAACGACUUGUUACACAGACGCAAAAAAUGAAUAUAUUGCACCUUGAUGAAAGCAUUAUUAAGAGUCCUCUUGAUAUGAAAACGAAGUUCAAUUUAGUUGUGGAUGCGUUAUUUGGAUUCAGCUUUAAACCACCUUUAAGACAGCCAUUUGACCAACUUAUUGAUGCUGUCAACAAAAGUUCUUUACCAGUGGUUGCGGUUGAUAUACCUUCAGGUUGGGAUGUGGAGAAGGGACCACUGGAUGGACAACUUGCUUUAAAUCCUGAUAUAUUGGUAUCUUUGACUGCUCCAAAACUUUGUGCUAAAUAUUUUCGUGGUCAAGCACAUUAUAUUGGUGGUCGCUUUGUUCCUGAAGCUCUCGCUUCAAAGUAUAAUCUCAGACUGCCUGAUUAUCCAGGCACAGACUGCAUUGUAAAACUGUUGUGA